CAGUUAACGUCCUGGUCCCAGUGCAGGUAUAUAAACUUCCUAGUUGCAAUCCAAGAUGGCGUCUGUGGGAACAACAGGAUAUUACCGCAUUUCGUGGAUAGUCUUGGUUUUCUUUCUCCCUAAUUGUUUUGUCAUUGCUGAGAAACUAACCAUAUGGACUGAUCCUCAUGACAAUUAUGACACGACUCAUACAACGUACAACGUAACGACUUCCGGGUACACCUGGUGGGCUGCAGCACAGUCGGGAUGUUCUCAGUUCGGUGGACAUCUGUACAUACCUCGGUCACAAAGCUUUCCUGACGUUCUCCUUACACAGAUGCAGUCUGGGGUCGAUUACUGGAUCGGAGCAGUGAAAUAUCCAACCUGGGUUUGGACAGCCGAUCAAUCGACUCUGUACACUCAUGUUGGAUACAUGCGUAUAUCGACAUAUUGGCCAAUGUUCCAUCUGGAGGGGAAUUGUGUUUUGACCUGCCAUCAGCAUUGCAAGGAGCACUAUAAAACAAUUGGACUUCGGGGAAAGGAAUGCUACUGCCUCGAAAAUCAUUGGCCUGCUGAGCAGUCUGAUCAUUCUCAAGUAAGAUGCCCUGGUAACUAUGGCGAAUUCUGCGGAGACGACAAUGGAGUAUCUCUGUACAAAUUAGAAGACUUCAUUACUAUUCCAAGUCCGAGCGAUAGAUGUGGUUUUGUCAGUGAGAGCACAAGAGAGUCAAGGACGAUCUCCUCCUAUCGUUGUUAUUAUCCUUAUACAUCUUAUUACCUAACCGUAUACCUGGAAAACAACUGUGAUGUCAGAAAGCGGAAAGCUUGUGAGGACUCACACUUACGUGAUUAUUGGUACUGGACAUGCAGUCGAAAUAUAUGCGUAUCAGGACAAAACGAUACCUUUGAAAAUUCAAAACGCAAUUGUAAUUUGGUACAAGUAACCCGUUCAAACAUCGACGACCUGUGUCAUGCAAUAGCGCGGAACAAGUUCUGGAGUUGGCCUACGUACUGGAUUGGCCUACAAAGGAAGUCCGAACAGAAAUGGAUGAACGGUAGUGAUAUGGUGCUCGAUGCCUCCGACUACUAUGAUGACGUGUUACCUCUAUGCCUGGCGGUAUCUAAAACGUACGAAGGAGUACAGUUCCACUGGACAAAGUGCCUGGAAAGAUCCAUGUCGAUUUGUGAAAUAUUGAAAGUCAGAACAACAAAACCACCAACUAGGAUGUCGACAAAAACGACCAACACGUCUCCUGGGAUGUCGACACACACGACCAACACGUCUCCUGGGAUGUCGACACACACCACCAAUAACAGGCCUUCUUGGAUGUCGACACACACGACCAACAGGCCCUCGCCGCCAAGCAGUGGUCCUUCGUCUUCAACAGACACUGUGCUACCCUCUUCCACCAACGCCACAUCCAAACAUCAUACUGAACCUGUUCCCGCUUCUGUUCAACAACCCAGCAGCAACACUGGUAUCUAUGUUGGUUGUUCCAUUGCCGCUGUGGCCGUUGUAGUUUCUCUGGUAUUCCUCCUUAUAUCAUACAGACAGCGGUUUCUGUGCUUCAAAGAUAAAGGCUCUGUUCCAUCUAGAGGACACGUUCACUUCAUUGCUGGUGUGGACAAUGCCACUUACUCAGGAGCUGUUGCUCCACCAGAAGACCAGGGCGGCAUUAACAUGUCUGUGUCCCCAAACAGUUCUCCACAUUACUCAGUCAUUCCUGUAGCCACAGUGACACCAAACAACCACGUCAAUCUGAAGUCGUCACGACGGGACACCGAGAAUCAGAAAGAUUACUACAACAUUAAGCCUGGGAAUAACACUUUGAGUGUUACCGGUUCCAGUUCCCAAGAAUUGACAGACGAUGGCCAUUAUGUAGUUCCCAAAGGGAGCUUGAGUAAAAUAACACAGAAACACCCGAAGUCCACAGAACCUACUGCACACUACCAUACUACAGAUCAGCCACACUACGCUGUCCCUCAUUCCAGGGGCGUUGACGAUGUUGAUGGAACAAGAGGAGAUGUUGGCGAUGGCAUCUAUCAUCUUGCUGGAGAGAUCGGGAAGAAGGAUGAUGUGUAUAGCCUUCCUAGUGUCAUACACGUACCGAGCAGAGAUACGAAAGAUGUAGGAGCUCCCUAUAUCACACUAAUCCAAGACACAGCCCCCUUAAACACACGCCCUGGAACUGGUGAAUAUGACCGAGUGAUUCAUCCUUCUCAAAGACAUGACUAUGACACAGUAUCACGGGACCGUCGUAUGAUGGUCGGUGCCGACACGUACGACCAUUUGGGGCACGCAGACCAUGAUGUUGACGACAGUUACGACACAACACGACACCAACAACAACGACGAAGACUGGAUGACUACAGCCAUACAGAUGUUCUCAACGUUGUAUUAGAAGAUGAUGAUGACGACGUUGAUGACACCUACCAUUAUAUCAACGAGACGGAGGAGGACGAGGUGGAGGCAACGCAUGGAAAUGUUCAACCCGUCUAUAUCAACACUGGAAACUCUUAUGCUCAAGCUGCAGAUGAUGCUGAUUACUACAAUUUACCUUUCGUUACCGACGCAGGGGGUGACAUCUCAGACGACCCUGGUAAUCAACAAGACGACAAGGUAUACAGUCAAGCAAGAACAGUCUCUGAUGCUUGAAGAACAUCUGAAAGAUUCACACAAGAAAAUGACGUUGAAACGUCUAUCAUUCAUUGUUGAGAUAAAGUUUCGGUUUCCUU